UUAAUAAAUGUUUAAUAAAUAUUUUUGUUAUAGUAAAUUGUACAAUAAAAAAUUAAUAUUAAAUAAAUAUUAAAAAAACAUUAAAAAAUAUUGUGUGCCGAUUGGGUAUACACGUAUUAGUAUAAAGUCACAGAUCAUCACGAGGGAUUUAGUUCGCAGCAGAAUAGAAAAUAUUAACUAUAAACAAAGUUAUUCAAUAAAAUGAAAAUAGGUGCCAUAUUACCCUCUUCUCCUCUACUAUUAUAAUACUAUUUUUAAAUAAAAAGUAUUAAUACGCAAAAUAUGGGCAUAAAUGUAAUGAUGCGUAUAUCAAUAAUGUUAAUCAAAAUAAUUCAGACUAUAAUAAAUGAAAAAUUAUGCAAACGUAGACGUAAUUAAUCAUUUGUGCACAUCUAGAGCCCUGUUGUGGAUGCAGCACACGCGCGGCGCAACACACAACAGAUUUUAUCGACAGCAAAAUAGAUGUUAGUACGGACAACAACCCACAUCCAUUUCACGAGACACUGUUUUUAACGACGGGUCGCAAAAUGAAUGUGACAUUUAGUUCCCAUUCUGUCCAGAAGACUGUGCGUCACUAGUGUACGGGAGUUUCGAAGUUUGAAGUGUUAUAGAAAAAUGUAAGAAAAAGGCAGUCCAACUCAAGUCCAAAGACCACUGAGCACCACUGAGUCCAUGAGUCCAAGGCAGUCCAGUUCAGCCCACUAGCCCGUCAGGCAGUCCGUUUGGGGUUUGGGGCCGCUUACGAGUUCGGACAUGUUUGUCCGUUGCUUAUAUUUUUGUAUCUGUCGAUUGCAUCACAAUCGGCCGCCGGGAACGUCGUUGUCUCUGUCCUUUGAAUUUCUAAACUGAUUUUGAAGGAUGGCUAUAUCGUUCCCGGUUUGUUGGCGUGGGAACGAGUGCCAAUAAACGUUAAGAAGAAGAAGAACAAGAAGAAGUAGAAGUAGAAAAAAGGCCGGUGGCCGGCGUAGCGCUUCUCAGGAGUCUCAGAUUCCUCUCUGGCAAUAGGAAUCAUUAGGAAUAGAAGUCCGUGAUUGGAUUCGUUGAUUCAGAAAUCCAAAGACUAUUUAAAAAGAAGAAGAAACAACUAUAUUGUUUAUCGCAGACAUGUCAGUGUGAAGACAGGUGUAACAGAGGAAAUUAUACAUAAAAGGAUGAAUAUCGCGAUCGACGAAGAAGAGAUCGCACCGAAGCACUUCGCUGUGUGCGACUUUUAUGGCGUGGAGACGUGCUUUUGCUGGGACGCUGAUAAGCUUGUGAUAUUUCCCUAUACGAAAGACAGCAAUUUGACGCCACUGCGGAUUCUGUCGACGCCGGCACCUGUCAGGAAGGUGCAAUUCUUCGAUAGCCGAGCCUUCCUGAUAUGCGCGCCACAGGGCAUCUACAAACUGUCGCGAACCGGCGAGUUCGCCCUGUUGAGCAAAAACGCCUUGGAUAUGGGCGGUGAAUUCUUUCAGGUGCUCAUCGCCAAGAAUAAUGGAGUUUACUUUGAUGACAAGCAGGUCAAGUCAUCCACACUGCUCUUUCCUCUUGCACCGAAUGCGAGCGAAGCAGUGUGCACCUUUUCUCUGAGUUUGACGAACACGGAGUCGCAACUUCUCAGCCGGUUUGCCGCUGGCUGGGAGAUCAAGGGAAGUCUAUGUGUUGUUGCGCAUCAUAGGAAACUGUACACGUUGAGGUAUAUCGAUGAUGAUGAUGAUAUCACACAAUCAGAGUUGGUUCAACCCUGCGUACAAUUGAUUCAUACCAACGAUAGCACUAUCAUGGACAUUCUUCCUGUGAAGAGGCGAGACAAAGUGGCAGGUUUACUGCUUCUCACGGAACACGCAAACGUGGUAAUUUUUGUACAUGAUGGAGGUGAUAGAUCCGAACCGAGAUACGGACUAGUUUUUGAGAAGAUACACCUUAAAGAAAACAUAAGAGACAGAACGCUUUGCGCCAGUUUCAGUUUAUGUACGGAGAAAGUUUUGUGGCUGGUAUACUGCGAUCAAUUCAGGAUACAUUAUGUAAAAAAGGAGCUUUUUGUUGAUGCAAUUCAAGAAGUAAAAGUGGAGGAAAGAAUAUUUACGUGUUUGCAGUAUUAUAAACCGAAUGUGAUUCUAAGUUUAUCACAAGAGAAAGAAUUGAUCGAGAUUUCUCUCGAAGAUUUGGACAACUCUUUGUUAACCGACAACAAUAUCGUUCUUCAUCAUGGGAUGUUUCAAAAAACGGAUAUUAUUAUGGAGAAAAUUUGUGCCAAAGUACAAGAAUUGAAUGCGCUGUACGAAACUUUGUCGGAUGAGCAAGACAAAUUAAAGAGAAUAAAUCUGUACGCUAUCAAACAAAAACUGCAGAUAAAUCCUCAUAUUGAAGUGUCUAAGUUGUUUAAGUAUCGCUAUCUCGAUUUAAAUAUAUCAGACAAGCUGCCUAAAAACAGUUAUAUAGUGUUCUCUUUUGCUUCUAAAAAUCAACGCACAUUCUGUAUGAAGAGAGUCACGGAGGGUCAUGCAUUCGCAAUGAAAAUGCCUAUCAAUGAGAAUCAGAUACUGUGGUCUUCGUCAAUCAGCAUGGAUUUGAUCACGUUAAUGAAUAAACAACGUCCAUGGUGCCUUAUACAGAAUUUUGUAAACUCAUCGCCGCGUGAUGUUAAGAGGAAAAGAGGACCAAGGAAAGACAAGACUGCCUUCAUAGACGCUAAAAUAAUGUCGUUGCAACAUUUGAUAAAGGAAAAAGAAUUAAACAUGACAAAAUUGUGCGAAAUUAAAAGAAUCAUACGCACAGAAUUAUAAUUUCGUAGAUGUAGUAAUAGUAGUAGUAGUAGUGGUAGAAGAAAGUUCUUAGCUUUAAGUUUUGCAACCGGAGCGUCAUUUCAAAUUGAAUUGAAAUAUUUUUCUAUUCUUUUGCAAUUUAGAAAUAUUAGAUGUUCUUUUUAACUGAACUCUCUUUUUCUCUUCAUCAUGAAAAAAGUGAAAUCCGUGCAAGAAGUUCAGCUAAAAAGAACAGGCUUAUUGAUGUUAAUGAUCAAUUUGACAUAGUAGGGCAAAUGACAUAAUCUUAUAAGGCAGAGAUUGUUUUGUUAAUGAUAGCUAUAACCAAAGAUAUUCCAUUCAUUCAACAUCUCAUUAAAAAAUGUUGAAGCUGUCGAAUUAAACGAGUUGCAGAAAUUAUUAAAUAAGUACAGCACAGACUAAAAAAACAAACCGGUGUAGCUAUUCUCAUAAUUUAAAUGAAUUGACAAACUAAGAACUUGCGAAACAACCUGAGAGCUGGGAUUCAGCCAAACAGCCAUUUCCGAUUGUGUCAAAUAGGAAAGAUUCGAAAAGAAAGAAAGUGAGUGUCGCAUGUAUUGACUGAAGAGAACAAAGUGCAUCAGACACUUUUUUGUUUUUGCUAAGUUGGUCAAACAGAAGAAUUUUUUGCACUAAAUCAUCACUUGAAAGAAAAGUAAAUCCUAUAUGAUAAUUCUAAUAUGUGUCUACAGGCAAAGUUUGCCUCGCGGAAAAAGAUAAAUUCUAUCCAACUUUGAUUAGUUACCGCGCCAACUUCCGCCGCGUUCUAUGAGCACGAGGCAAACGCAAAGAAUCAUGGAUAUAUCCUAGCUAAUCGAUGAGCUUCGCUGUAAAGCCUAAAAACAAUAUUCACACCAAGAAAGUUUUGCUCUGUACCUGGUGAGGAAAUCUGGAACUGGGAAGAUGUACUGUAUCAUGAGCAUUAUUCACCAAAAGAAGCCAUAUUGGAUUCAUUUCACUUUACACUUGCAACUCUAUAGAGUUAUUUUAUCCUUGUUUGUUAAAUAUUGAAUAAUAACAAAUAAUGUUCGUGAACAUUGUGAGCGUUAAGGCGAUGUUGGACUGACAGUGGAACUUACUCGAUGUCGGUACUGCGGUUUGUUGCAGAUUUUUCUUCGACGAACUGAUGGUUGCGCGUGAGGCGAAGAGUAAAGGGAAUAGGCUAGCGCUCUUUGUCAAACGCACUCAUCUGUCAUUGUUCUUUUGUCUUUAGCGCCUUUAAUACAAGAUCUCUGAACUGCCUUGAACACAAUUUCUACUCUUCGCACAAAUACACGUGAAAAUUAUAUAAACAAUUUUUAAACUGUUAUAUCUUUUAUACUAAAGCUUCUAUCAUUCGGCGAGCGCCGUAUUAUUCUUUCAUUUAAUCCAUAUGCCGCUAGCUACUUAUUUCACACACACACAUACAUACAAUGUUUAAAACUUAUAUGGGGCACAUGUUGUCGGCUGCAGAAGCCGAUAAUUAAAUUAUAAUUUUUUUUAUCAACUUUCAUUUUUCGUAUUAAAUUACACCUAGCAGGGUACGUUUUUGUCCCUUCUUUAAUUGAUAAAAGAAUGUUGUGAUCUGUAAAGCCAAUUAAGAGAUAAGAGUGUCCGAAAAUAAGCACGUAUCGGCCCAGCAUCGCCUUAAGUAGCUGAAACUGAGUGAAACAGUUAUAGUGAACCACUACCAACAGCAGCUCAUUACUUGAGCAAUGCAAUGGAGGAAAAGAAGCCAUUUAUUAGGCAAGAAAACCGCAGUCAUUUUGUUACAUAGCCACAUUCUGCUGAGGCAACAAAGCAGUAUCUUCGUGUUAGUUUGAGAAUUUCUUUCAUACGCGGCAUAUUCAUCAGAUAUAGCCUCUUUCGAUGGCGAUGCAGCAUCAUAGCAUGAAGUCUGACAAAGCAUCAAUAAUUUCAUUUUAAAACCGAUGAGUUUUUAUUACCUGGGAAUUCACAGACUGCCCGAAAGAUAGGUCAAACAGAAUGGGAAAUAUUUCGAUGAUUGAGCUUUUUUGUUUGUUUUAAAACGAUUGAAUUUUUAAGAGAGAAAAAAAACCGAGAUACAGCUAAGACCUUUCUACUGCUAUUAUGAACUAUGCGUUUAAGUUCAAUGUAAAUUGUAAAUGUUUAAAUAUAUUCUACAUAAAGAAUAAACUAUUUAGUUUGUUCUUUAUAUAGAAUAUAAGCAACGUUGGAAAGUUAUAUUGUAAAAGUAACUAGUUACAGUUACAAGCUUUGAAAAGUAACAUCGUACAGUUACAGUUACUGAAAAAGUAAUAUGAGAAGGUACUUUUCAGUCAAUUUCUUAUAUUUUAAUACAUUGCUAUUUUAAAUACUAAACUCUUAUAUUUCUAACAUUAUUAAAUUAUUUUUUUAUAUUAAAACAUGUUCUCAAAUUCAAUUCCUGUAGACGCAUUCUACUUAACGUUCACAAUGUUUGCGAGCAUUAUUUGUUAUUAUUUAAUAUUGACAAACAAGGAUAAAAUAACUCUAGAGUUGCAAGUGUAAAGUAGACCGCAUCCAGUGUGGCUUCUCUUGAUGAGUCAUGCUGCAGCGGUUGAUUUCUAGCAACUUAUAAUAGAAGGUGCAUUUAAGUGAAUCAGACUUGUUCACUACCAAGAAGCGGUUAGCAGUCUAUUAUGAUUCAUUCUUACCUUGAGUUCUAAGCAAAUACAUUAAAUUAUAAGUUGAAAUGUGGUAACCAUAAAAAUAACUAUUAUUUUAGUUAAUAAAAAAUGUAACUAAGGCGGAUAUUCAUAGUCGGUUCUUAUAUUUAAGAUCGUUGUAGAAACCACCUUAAAAUGUCAUCAACCAAUCAGAGAGCUGUAUUAGCAUCUUAAGAUAUUAUUUAAAAUUGUCUUGAAAUAAAAAUCGACUAUGAAUACCUGCCUAAGUUAUAAUUACAGAUGAAAAAAAAGUAACAAAAUUAAGUUAGUUACAAAAAAAGUAAUUAACUGUAACUUCGUUACGAGUUAUUUCCCAUCCUUGAAUAUAAUUAGAAUACAAAUAAAAAAAUAACUCGUUAAUUAAAAAAACACGAAUAAUGAAAAGGAGCAAAUGAGAGUUAGUGCAGUUUUUCUGGCGCAAUAAUUUUCUUAGAAUAAUCUUGAAUUCAAACAAUAAUAACAAACGUUUUGACUCAAUUUUUUGAACCAUUAUCAGUGUAAAUCCUUUUACAUUAUUUUAAUGCACGUGAUACCGCUUUGAAAUAUCCCAUACUCUUACUGGAAAUCAUCCUCAAAAAAGUACUGCAUGCUUCGUCCAUCCAUACAAUGUUCAUGACUCCUACAAGUAAGAAAUAAACAUUGUAAAAAUAAAUAGAAUAUGUAUUCCAAUGCUUCGUCUGCAUCGCAGCACAAUUAAUUACAAUACAACCACUUGGCUUUGUAACCAUUGUGGACAAAGCAUGCAUUACAUGUAUUAAAAUAAUGUAAAAGGACUUAUAAUGAUGAUGGCUCACAAUCAAGUCGAAAUUAUUGUUUGAAUUUAAAAUUAUCCUAAGUAAAUUAUUACAUCCUAAAAAUUGCACUUAAUUUUCAUUGUUCGUUUCCAUUGUUCAUGUUUUUUUAAAUAUAAUUAGCAUAGACAUUUUACUGCGAUAUUUUAUUAAUCUACUAAUUUGAUGUAUUGAUAGCAUUCUUUUAUAAUAAUGUUAUAAAGAUUUUAUAUUUUAUUUUUUAUUUUAUACAAUAUGUUCGACAACAAGUGAGAAAAAGUUUAAUGAGGGAUUCUAGAUGACAAAUAAAAAAAUUAUGAAUAACAAAAAUUAAGAAUAAUAAAUUUGUUUGGAUUUGUUGGGAUUUGUUUUUUAAUUAUAAUAUUCAAAUAUUCAUGUGCUCUAUGCACUUUUUACGUGAAUACUUAAACAUUUAUAAUUGAAAAAAAGAAACCUGGUGAUAUUUUUCGUAAUAAGUUAUUUACAGUAUUUAAAAGAUACUUAUUAGUUUAUUUAAUCAGUAUUAACAAUAUUGUGCUAUUACUAUUCUGAUUUCAAUUUAAAAACUGCAUAUGUUUCAAGACCGAAAGUAACGAUGCACAGUUCGUCUGUGUGAAACAGAAAUUAUUAAGUUGCUUAAUAUAUUAUUUGAUUAUCAAUAUUAUAACAUUAUUAUUCUGGUUUAAUUUAAAAAUUGUAUUUUAAGACCGAAAGUAACGGCGUGCAAUUUACUUGCGUGAACUAGAAAUUAUGUACAUAUUAAUAUUAUUAAAAUAUUAUACCUAUAUUAUUAAACUUUAA